AUGGGUUCGUCCAAUGACUAGAGGUCUGGCCAGCCUCAAGCAGCCGUCCUCGCUUUUCGCCCCAUUGGACACUUUCAAGGAGAGGCAUAUCGGCCCUGAUGACGGCGAGACCUCCAGAAUGCUCAAGCAAUUGGGAUACGACUCCAUGGAUGCCUUCAUUGCUGACACCGUCCCCAAACAUAUUCGUAUUUCCAACACGUCCGUCACCAACGAAAACAUCCCAGUUUUGAGCGAAUCGGAACUUCAUGCGACCGCCAAAGCUCUUGGGGCGAUGAAUAAAGGCUAUAAAAGCUUCAUUGGAAUGGGUUAUCACAACGCUGUUGUUCCACCCGUCAUUUUGCGCAAUGUUAUGGAAAACCCCGCAUGGUAUACCCAAUACACCCCUUACCAGCCUGAAAUCGCGCAAGGACGUCUAGAAUCGCUUAUCAACUACCAAACCAUGGUCAUGUCGUUGACCUCGAUGGACAUUGCUAACGCAUCCCUCCUCGACGAAGGAAGUGCAGCGGCAGAGGGAAUGGUCAUGUCUUUUGUCUCCACCAACUCGAAGAAGAAGACCUUCAUUGUCGACUCCGGAAUCGCCGCUCAAACUCUGGCUGUCGUUGAAAGCCGUGCAAAGGGCUUCAAUAUUAACGUCGUCGUCGGGGACGCGUCGAAGCUGGUCGAGGACCCAAAGAUACAAUCGGAUCUUUGCGGUGUGCUCGUUCAAUACCCAGAUGUUGACGGCAACAUCAAAGAUUGGGGUUCGCUUGCUGCCACGACCCACAAGGCUGGGGGCUACGUUGUUUGCGCAACGGAUCUUCUUGCCCUGACCCAGAUCACCCCUCCAGGGGAAUGGGGAGCGGACAUUGUUGUUGGCAAUUCCGCACGCUUCGGCGUUCCCGCAGGUUAUGGAGGCCCCCAUGCUGCGUUCUUCGCCGUCACUGAUAAGCUGAAGCGAAAAAUGCCGGGCCGUCUUAUUGGCCUCAGCCGCGAUGCUCAAGGUAAACCAGCCUACAGACUGGCUUUGCAGACUCGCGAACAACAUAUUCGUCGCGAAAAGGCUACCAGCAAUAUUUGCACAGCUCAAGCCCUUUUGGCCAACAUGGCGGCAAUGUAUGCCGUCUACCAUGGUCCCGAAGGUUUGAAGAGGAUUGCUCGCAAGGUCCAUGGCUUUACCCAAGUGUUCAAAAACUCGGUCGAAGCCAUGGGCUACAAGACCGAGAACCCCGUCUUCUUCGACACCUUGACUUUGGAUGUUACCGGGGCCACCUCCAGCGCAGAUGCUGUUCACAAGGCGGCAGCUGCGGCUAAAAUCAACAUCCGUCAAAUCGACAGCAGGCGCGUGGGCGUCACCUUUGACGAAAGCGUUACUCCAGAAGAAUUGGUCAGGCUCAUCAAUGUCUUCGCAUCCGCGUCCUCGAAACCGAGCGUGUCUCUGGCCGAUCUCGCCGAACCUCAGCAGGUCUCCAUUCCUGAAAGCUUCCAACGAAGGUCUGAGUUCUUGCCUCAUCCCGUCUUUAACAAGCAUCACUCAGAGACCGAGAUGUUGCGAUACAUUCAUCACCUCGCGGGCAAGGACCUCAGCCUGGCGCACUCUAUGAUCCCUCUGGGUAGCUGCACGAUGAAGCUAAACAGCACUAGCAGUAUGAUUCCCCUGACCUUCCCUGAAUUCGGUGGUGUCCACCCGUUCGCGCCCUCUGAUCAGGUGAAGGGUUAUGAGGUCAUCAUCAAGGAAUUGGAGGACUACCUCUGCAAGAUCACUGGCUUCCAUUCAGCAUCUUUGCAGCCCAAUUCUGGUGCUACUGGAGAGUACGCCGGUCUUUCCGUCAUUCGUGCUUAUCACGAGUCUCGGGGAGAAGGGCACCGAGACAUCUGCUUGAUUCCUCUCAGUGCCCAUGGAACCAACCCCGCCUCCGCUGUGUUGGCAGGUCUCAAGGUCGUGUCUGUCAAAGUUCACAACGAUGGUAAUCUCGACUUGGAGGAUCUUCGAGCCAAGGCUGAGAAGCAUAAGGAUAACCUUGCCGCAUUCAUGAUCACCUACCCGUCAACCUUCGGAGUGUUCGAAGAUGGUGUUCAAGCCGCUUGCGAAAUCAUCCAUCAGAAUGGUGGUCAAGUUUACCUCGACGGCGCGAACCUUAACGCCCAAGUCGGUCUUACCAACCCUGCGACAUGCGGUGGUGACGUUUGCCAUCUCAACCUGCACAAGACCUUUGCCAUUCCCCACGGAGGCGGAGGACCCGGUGUUGGACCCAUCUGCGUCGCCGAACAUCUCGCGCCCUUCCUUCCAGGACACCCCUACAUGGAGGGUCAGGGUUCCAAGGCCAUCAAGCCCGUCGCUUCAGCACCCUUCGGCAGUGCCUCCAUCCUGUUGAUCUCGUGGGCCUACAUUAAGAUGCUCGGCGGGAAGGGUCUUGUCGAUUCGUCCAAGCUCGCCCUGCUCAACGCCAAUUACAUGGCCAGCCGAUUGUCUGGCCACUAUACCCUGAGGUACAAGAACGGGAAGGGUCGUGUUGCCCACGAGCUUCUCAUCGACUUGGCCGAGUUUGACAAGGCUGCGGGACUGAAGGUUACCGACUUUGCCAAACGCCUCCAGGAUUACGGAUUCCACCCUCCCACUUGCUCGUGGCCCAUUUCUACCUGUAUGCUCAUCGAACCCACAGAGUCGGAGACUCUUGAGGAGCUGGAUAGAUUCUGCGAUGCCAUGAUCCAAAUCCGCAAGGAGGCCGAAGAUAUUAUCACUGGCAAGCAGCCCAAGGACAACAACGUCCUCAAGAAUGCCCCUCACCCCAUGUCCGUUAUCGCACUGUCCGAAGCCGAAUGGAACCGACCGUACUCUCGCGAAACCGCUGCCUAUCCUCUGCCAUGGCUUAAAGAGAAGAAGUUCUGGCCUACAGUGUCACGCCUUGAUGACGCCUAUGGUGACAUGAACCUUGUCUGCGACUGCCCCUCUGUGGAGGAACUCGCCGACAAUUAGAUGCUGGCCUCGUAGAACUACUGUAAUAUUAUAAUCAGGCUUCUAUUCCUCUAGACGGUCUGGCCAGCCCUCUUUUACGAACGCUCGCUGCUCAACCACGCGACAUGUUUUUC